UCAAGACUCAUUGAAGACAGUGUUGUUUUCUUGAACCUGUACUUGUAUUUGCUUGUUUCUCACUAUCACAUUACACUAAGAAAAUUUAUGGGGAUUACAAAAAAAUAUUUCUUUAUCUUCACGAAUAUAUUUCGUAUUCUACCAUGAAUCCUCUCUUCAUGUUCCCAACACCUGCUUUUAGUAUUCUCUUUCAUCUUUAUGCUUCCGACUUUCAACAUCCAAUUCAGUACCCUCUUUAAUGGAGUAGUAGAGUUGUCAUAAUUGUAUAUAGGUCUUUUCUCCAGUAUUUGUUAAUACACUCAUAUCAACCACUUGUUCAUUACACAUCCCAUUUCAUUUCUCUUCCACUGCAUUUCAAAGUACUGGCCUUUUUGUAAUGGCCAUUAGGUUUCUUUAUACCACUGCCAUUGUCUUUCUUUUCUGUUUCUUUGUUUCCAAUGCAACCCUACAAAGAUUUUCAGAAGAGGACCCAGAAAGACAAAGUCUGUUUUCUUUCAGGAGUUCUCUUGAAAAUCCACAUAUUCUGUCUACAUGGACCACCUCAACUUCACAUUGUCACUGGAAUGGUGUUUUUUGCAAAAAUAGCCAAGUUGUUUCCCUCAAGCUCUCUUCUUUAUCACUCAAAGGACCCAUUUCACCCCACAUUGCUACUUUGACUCAACUAAGGUUUCUUGACCUUUCUGGUAAUUCUUUGACCGGAAAAAUUCCAGCCCAACUUGGUAACUUGACUCAGCUACAAGUCUUGGCUCUUGGCAACAACUUUCUCUCAGGUUCUCUCUCUCCAGCACUCUUCACAAAGCUUCAAUCUUUGGCUUCUUUUGAUGUGUCUAAUAACACCCUUUCUGGUUCUAUUCCACCUGAAAUUGGGAAAUUGAGAAACCUUAAGAAUCUUUACAUUGGGCUUAACAGAUUUUCCGGCCAGUUGCCACCAGAAAUUGGUGAACUUUCUAAUCUCCAUAAUUUCUAUGCUGCUUCAUGUUCACUUGAGGGUCCAUUGCCAGAAUCCAUCUCCAAGGUGAAAUCUUUGACCAAACUUGACCUUUCUUAUAACCCAUUGAAGUGUUCUAUCCCAAAAGCAAUAGGCGGUCUUGAGAAUUUGACUUUCUUGAACUUAGGUUACUCUGAGAUCAAUGGUUCAAUACCCUCUGAGCUUGGAAAGUGUAGAAAGUUGACAACAGUGAUGCUUUCUUUUAAUUCACUCACUGGUUCUUUGCCUCAAGAGCUUUCAGAGUUGCCUAUUCUAUCUUUUAUUGCAGAAAGGAAUCAGCUUUCAGGUCCAUUGCCUUCUUGGCUUGGAAAAUGGACACAAAUGGAUUCCCUUUUACUUUCGAGUAAUCGGUUUACUGGCAAAAUUCCAGCUGAGAUAGGGAACUGUUCUUUAUUGAAUCAUAUUAGUCUCAGCAGCAACUUACUCUCUGGUCCAAUACCAAAAGAGCUUUGUAAUGCUGUGGCACUCACAGAUAUUGAUCUUGAUCACAACUUUCUCACAGGCAGUAUUAAAGACACAUUUGUAAAGUGUGGUAAUCUGACUCAGUUGGCAUUAUUAGAUAAUAGUAUUACUGGGGUGAUUCCAGAGUAUUUAUCAGAGCUUCCUUUGAUGGUUCUUGAUUUGGAUUCCAACAAUUUGACAGGUUCUAUUCCAGCAAGUCUCUGGAAUUCUGCUAGUCUAAUGGAGUUUUCUGCUGCAAAUAACCACUUACAGGGUACUUUAUCUAUAAAAAUUGGUAAUGCUGUGUCAUUGCAAAGGCUAGUUCUUAGUAACAACAAGAUAAGUGGUGUUAUUCCUAAGGAGAUUGGUAAUUUAACUUCUCUCUCAGUGUUGAAUUUGAAUUCCAAUCUUCUUGAAGGUUUCAUUCCUGUUGAAUUGGGGGAUUGUAUCUCUCUUACUACAUUGGAUCUUGGGAAUAACCGGCUUCAUGGGUCGAUCCCAGUGACACUUGUGGAUCUGCCUCAGCUACAGUGCCUGGUUCUUUCCCACAAUGAGCUUAGUGGGGCUAUUCCUUCCAAGAUUUCCAAGUAUUUCCGUCAAGCAAGCAUCCCUGAUUCAAGUUAUGUGCAGCAUCAUGGUGUCUAUGAUCUAUCUCAUAACAAGUUGUCUGGUUCGAUACCUGAAGAGCUAGGGAGCUGUGUUGUUAUAGUGGAUCUUUUGCUCAGCAAUAACAUGCUAUCCGGUGAUAUACCAGGAUCACUUGCCCGCCUAGUGAAUCUCACUACAUUAGACUUAACUGGGAAUUUGUUGACAGGCACCGUUCCAGAGGAAUUCGGCUACUCACUUAAGAUGCAAGGCUUUUAUCUUGGGAAUAACCAGCUCACAGGUUCAAUACCUGGAAGCAUUGGGCAAGUAGGUAGUUUGGUGAAGCUAAAUUUGACUAGCAACAAAUUUACCGGUCCAAUACCAUUAAGUUUUGGGAACUUAAAUGGGCUGACACACUUAGACUUGAGCUCAAAUGUGCUCGAUGGUGAACUUCCUCCCUCUCUAUCAAGGAUGUCAAACCUAGUUGGCCUUUAUCUUCAGCAAAACAGGCUUUCAGGUAGUCUGGAUCAGCUGUUCUCAAACUCUGUUGCUUGGAGACUUGAAGCUCUAAAUUUGGGUACUAAUUCCUUUACUGGGAACUUGCCACCAUCUUUGGGAAACAUGUCGUACUUGGCUUUUCUUGAUCUCCAUUACAACAGAUUAACGGGUAAAAUUCCAAUUGAGCUUGGAAAUCUUGUGCAGCUUGAGUAUUUGGAUGUCUCUGGCAACAGUCUUUAUGGCCAAAUACCUGAAACAGUAUGCACCCUUCCCAAUUUGGGUGUGUUAAAUUUCAUGGAUAACAAACUGGAAGGAGCUAUCCCGAGAAAUGGAAUUUGCCAGAACCUUUCAAAAGUUUCAGUGGCAGGGAACAAAGAUCUCUGUGGGGGAAUCGUAGCUCUAAAAUGCCCUGCCAAGAGUUUUAUUAAAAGAUCAUCGAUGCUUAAUGUUUGGGGAAUCUUGUCAGUUGUGGCUGGGACUAUAUUGAUUACUCUUACUAUUGCCAUUGUGUCAAGGAUAUGGAUUAGUAGAAGCAGCGGAAAAAGUGAUCCUGAGGAAUGUGAGGACAGCAAAAUGGACAGUGAUGAUCAGCACCUUUAUUUCUUAGGCAGCAGCAAAUCAAAAGAGCCUCUUAGCAUCAAUGUGGCCAUGUUUGAGCAGCCCCUUCUAAAGCUGACAUUGGUUGAUGUUCUUGAAGCCACCAACAACUUUUGCAAGACUAAAAUUGUCGGUGAUGGAGGGUUUGGAACUGUCUAUAAAGCUACUUUACCUGAUGGUAAAACAGUUGCAGUUAAGAGGCUAAACCAAGCAAAAACUCAAGGUCACCGUGAAUUUUUAGCUGAAAUGGAAACUCUGGGCAAAGUGAAGCAUCGAAACCUUGUGCCCUUGCUUGGAUACUGUUCUUAUGGUGAAGAUAAAGUUCUUGUUUAUGAGUACAUGGUUAAUGGGAGCUUGGAUCACUGGCUGAGAAACCGUAGUGGAACCCUUGAUGUGCUGAAUUGGAGCAAACGUCUUAAGAUCGCAGUAGGUGCUGCACGUGGUCUAGCUUUCCUUCAUCACGGAUUCACACCCCACAUUAUUCACAGGGACAUAAAGGCAAGUAAUAUCUUGCUCAACGAUGACUUCGAGGCACAAGUUGCAGAUUUUGGGUUGGCAAGGUUGAUCAGCGCCUGUGAGACGCAUGUAAGCACUGAUAUUGCUGGUACAUUUGGGUACAUUCCUCCUGAGUAUGGGCAGACAUGGCGAUCCACCACAAAAGGAGAUGUUUAUUCUUUUGGUGUGAUUCUGCUUGAACUGCUGACAGGGAAAGAGCCGACAGGUCCAGAUUUCAAAGAUGUGGAAGGCGGAAACUUGGUUGGUUGGGUACUUCAGAAGAUGAAGGGGGGGCAAUCAGUUGAUGUGCUGGAUCCAACAAUACUUGAUGCAGAUUCUAAGCAGAUGAUGCUUCAGGCAUUACAGAUUGCUGCAUUAUGUCUCUCGGAUAAUCCAGCUAGGCGGCCGACCAUGCUCUAUGUCUUCAAGUUCUUGAAUGGAAUCAAAGAGGACUAAACCAUCACAUUCUGUUAUCUGGCUAGUUAUCUUUGCACAAGUAGUUACUUAAAGUUUAGGUUGAAUGGAGUUAAUCCUGCACAUUUCAACUAAGCAUAUGUUAAUAUUCCAGGUCCUAACCAUUAGUUUCUGAUUGCCUAAUUCUGUAACAUAAGUCUUUUAAUCAUUAUGGGCCAUUUCCCUUCGGCCUUGUUUCGGAAUGUGAAGUCAUUACAUUUAGCACUUGAGAUCCCAGUUAUUGUCGACAAAGUUGAAUGGAUAUUGUCACCUGAA